AUGCCAGCACCACGCCCUCACGUCUCCAUCCUGGUAACCAUGCCAGCACCACGCCCUCACGUCUCCAUCCUGGUAACCAUGCCAGCACCACGCCCUCACGUCUCCAUCCUGGUAACCAUGCCAGCACCACGCCCUCACGUCUCCAUCCUGGUAACCAUGCCAGCACCACGCCCUCACGUCUCCAUCCUGGUAACCAUGCCAGCACCACGCCCUCACGUCUCCAUCCUGGUAACCAUGCCAGCACCACGCCCUCACGUCUCCAUCCUGGUCACCAUGCCAGCACCACGCCCUCACGUCUCCAUCCUGGUCACCAUGCCAGCACCACGCCCUCACGUCUCCAUCCUGGUCACCAUGCCAGCACCACGCCCUCACGUCUCCAUCCUGGUAACCAUGCCAGCACCACGCCCUCACGUCUCCAUCCUGGUCACCAUGCCAGCACCACGCCCUCACGUCUCCAUCCUGGUCACCAUGCCAGCACCACGCCCUCACGUCUCCAUCCUGGUAACCAUGCCAGCACCACGCCCUCACGUCUCCAUCCUGGUAACCAUGCCAGCACCACGCCCUCACGUCUCCAUCCUGGUAACCAUGCCAGCACCACGCCCUCACGUCUCCAUCCUGGUAACCAUGCCAGCACCACGCCCUCACGUCUCCAUCCUGGUAACCAUGCCAGCACCACGCCCUCACGUCUCCAUCCUGGUAACCAUGCCAGCACCACGCCCUCACGUCUCCAUCCUGGUAACCAUGCCAGCACCACGCCCUCACGUCUCCAUCCUGGUAACCAUGCCAGCACCACGCCCUCACGUCUCCAUCCUGGUAACCAUGCCAGCACCACGCCCUCACGUCUCCAUCCUGGUAACCAUGCCAGCACCACGCCCUCACGUCUCCAUCCUGGUAACCAUGCCAGCACCACGCCCUCACGUCUCCAUCCUGGUAACCAUGCCAGCACCACGCCCUCACGUCUCCAUCCUGGUAACCAUGCCAGCACCACGCCCUCACGUCUCCAUCCUGGUAACCAUGCCAGCACCACGCCCUCACGUCUCCAUCCUGGUAACCAUGCCAGCACCACGCCCUCACGUUUCCAUCCUGGUAACCAUGCCAGCACCACGCCCUCACGUCUCCAUCCUGGUAACCAUGCCAGCACCACGCCCUCACGUCUCCAUCCUGGUAACCAUGCCAGCACCACGCCCUCACGUCUCCAUCCUGGUAACUGUGGCUAAGACAAAAUACCAUUUUAUUAACAUUCCUUCUCACGAUAAAUGCGUUUUUUUGUGUGUUUUUGUAGGAUGGUAA